UUUAACAUAUUAUAAUGGAAAACGGCAAUACCACAGAACCGUUUCGUGGAUAAUGUAUAACUCAGUUUCAUUGCAGAAGAAGCACUGGCGCUUUAGUUCACUUUCGUUUUCGCUGCAAAGUGAAAGUAAACUUUAGCCUGUGUUUGAGGAGUCUUAACUGCGUUUUCAUCGAUGAAUGCAGUUGUUGAAGAUAAUUAAGUGAAAUCUCAACACGUUAUACUCGCUGUCUUUUGUGAAAGCCAGGGAUGGCUGAGGGCCAAAGCAGCAACAGCUCCAUGAAGAUAUUGAAGCCUGACGUACUGCACAAUGGCAAAAAAAACUCAGAUGUGGCCGACGGAGGAGAAAUCAGCAAACGCUCCAGGGAGAUGACAGAAGGGUUUCAGACUGGAGAACUGCACAAGAGCAAAGAAAUGUUAGAGGACUUCAGAAACAACUCUGAGCAGGUGAAACAGUGUUUUCAAUCUGCUAUAAAUCCUGAUGGAAAGGCAAGCUCAGUUCAGGCAGGCCGCUCAUCCCCUGGACCCCCCUACCCUGCACCUUCCUCUACUGGACCCUCAUAUCCUGGACCCUCCUACCCUGCACCUUCCUCUACUGGACCCUCAUACUCUGGACCCUCCUACUCUGCACCUUCCUCUACUGGACCCUCAUACUCUGGACCCUCCUACCCUGCACCUUCCUCUACUGGACCCUCAUACUCUGGACCCUCCUACUCUGCACCUUCCUCUACUGGACCCUCAUACUCUGGACCCUCCUACCCUGCACCUUCCUCUACUGGACCCUCAUACUCUGGACCCUCCUACCCUGCACCUUCCUCUACUGGACCCUCAUACUCUGGACCCUCCUACUCUGCACCUUCCUCUACUGGACCCUCAUACUCUGGACCCUCCUACCCUGCACCUUCCUCUACUGGACCCUCAUACUCUGGACCCUCCUACCCUGCACCUUCCUCUACUGGACCCUCAUACUCUGGACCCUCCUACCCUGCACCUUCCUCUACUGGACCCUCAUCCCCUGGACCCCCCUACCCUGCACCUUCCUCUACUGGACCCUCAUACCCUGGACCCUCCUACCCUGGACAUUCCUCUACUGGACCCUCAUACCCUGGACCCUCCUACCCUGGACAUUCCUCUACUGGACCCUCAUACCCUGGACGCUCCUACCCUGGACAUUCCUCUACUGGACCCUUCUCCCCUGGACCCUCCUCCUCUGGACCUUCUUCCUCUGUACCCUCCUCCCCUGGACCCUCCUCCUCUGGACCUUCUUCCUCUGUACCCUCCUCCUCUGGACCCUCCUCCUCUGGACCCUCUUCCUCAGUACCCUCCUCCUCUGGACCUUCCUCCUCAGUACCCUCUUCCUCUGAACCCUCCAGUUCCCCGGAUGUUGUAAGUGCUACACAUGUUGAGAGGGCUGAAGCAGUGAGGAAGAAGAGGGAGGACGGCCCUUCAUCUUGUUACCUGCUGAAGGAUAUGAAGAUAAUUCCACAAUGUGACAUCAAGCUGGGACAUCUGCACUUCAGCAAAACUCACACUGUCCUCGUAGAUGUGGACAUUUUCAACGGUGGAGCAGGACUUAUACCUCAGGACGGAAGAGACGUGUGGCACAAUGACUUUGUGAAAAUGCCGUAUUCUCAGUCGAGUCACAUGAAGACUGGAUAUACGAAGCAAAACAACACGGUUAGGUGGGAAGUGAUCUACAAGCAGCUGAGAUCUCUGUCCAAGAAGACGACAGCCAGCGUCAAAGAUUUGGAGGAUGCUAUCAUCAAAUAUAACCCAAAGUACAAAGGUCAGUGGUCCUUUGAUGCCCUCUCCAGCUUAGUUAAGGCCAACCCGAAUGGAGAUAAUUACUCACCCAAACUAUUUCAAAAGAUAGCUGAGCUGGCCUUGAGGCUGCCUGAGCUCGUGAAGAAGGCCAUCCCGCUGCUUAAGAGGGGACACACUGCAGCCAUCACCCUGUCACAAACUCAGAUAGCCUGCCUGCUCGCCAAUGCAUUUUUCUGCACUUACCCUCACCGCAACUUCUCCGGUCCUAAAGCAGAGUACCACAACUACCCCUCCAUCAACUUCACCCGUCUGUUUGGUAACUCGUCGUUCCGGAAGAAGCAGAAGCUGAGGGCCAUCAUGCAUUACUUUCAGCAAGUCACAGCCAAGGAACAAACAGGACUGGUGACGUUUGAGAGACGCUGCCUCAGAGACACUGAGUUACCCAACUGGAAAAACUGUAACAAGAAGAUGCAUAAACUGCAUGUUGCCUCACAUGGCACCAUUGAGAAUGAAGGAAAAGGAAUGCUUCAGGUGGAUUUUGCCUCCAGCUGGAUCGGUGGAGGUGUGCUGGGCUCAGGUCUGGUGCAGGAGGAGAUCCUGUUCAUCAUCAAUCCAGAGCUGAUCGUGUCCCGCCUCUUCACUGAGAAACUUGGGGACAAGGAGUGUCUGAUCGUUACAGGCUCCCAGCAGUUCAGCAAUUACUCUGGUUUCGGGGACACCUUUCAGUGGAAAGAUCCUCAUGAGGAGCGCCUCAACAGAGACCAGUGGGCUCGGCUGCAGAGGCAGAUCGUGGCAAUCGACGCUUUGCACUUCAAACACAGAAGUGAGCAGUACAAUAUGAUCGAUGUCACACGGGAACUAAACAAGGCAUACUGUGGAUUUAUGGGUCAUCGGACCCAUGAGCCCGAUAUCGCUACAGGAAACUGGGGCUGUGGAGCUUUCAAUGGAGACAAACAACUCAAAGCUGUGAUCCAGCUGAUGGCAGCAGCACAGGCAAAGCGAGGUCUGGCCUUCUUCACCUUUGAGGAUGAAAGUCUGAAGCAAGGCCUGCAGCAGACAUACCACCUGCUGGUCACAGAACGAAUUACAGUUGAUAAACUGUACAUACUCCUUGAAGACUACUGUGCCACUCCGCAAGCGUAUGGCAGUGAACAUGUGGAUCUGUUUGAGUUAAUCAGGAUCAACUUCAGCCCUAGGAGUCUGCUGUGAGGACUGAUUCAUCCCUACCUCUGCAUCUGAAUUUGCACUUAAAUCUAAAAGGGAUCUUUAAGUAAAAGAAAUGAAGACGCGUCUGUAUUGAUUAAAGAUCAUCUUUUGCAAAUGUACCUUAUUUUGAUCGUUAAAAGCGUAGCGAUAGCCAGGAAAUCUGGGCAGAGAGAGAUAUGAUGUGUAACAAUGAAGAAAAGACAUGGUUAUUGAACACAGCAUUUUUCAAUGACAUGCCUUAAACAAGGCUUUAGAUCAAUUAAUCCAGAAGGUGUUUUUGAUUUAGUUUCUACACUUUGAUUUAUUCACUUUUUCCUCAAGCCAACUGGCCAAGUUGAGAAACUCAUAAAAAAUAAAAUGUCUCAGUGUGAAUCAUAUGUCAUUUUAGCUCCAUCAGUUGCUCUAAAAGCCUGAGAGAAGUUAGCGUUAGACCAGUACUCUCACACUCAGUCAGCUGCUGCAGGUUUUGCAAGUUAAUCCAUUAACAUUCAGCUUUACAAACCAUUGUGACAAGGCAGUUGUUAGUGAGUCUGCUGUAAUACCUCUUACUGUACUACUUACUUAAUAUUACAGCCGUUUCAAAUCAACUGAGGUACAUAGUGUAGGAGUUACAUGUGACUGUGCUGAUUAAUAAAGAUUGAAAGCAUUCUC